AGCGUACGCUGAUUUGACGCCGGCCAGUGACGUACGUCACACGAAGAGAAACCAACACAACACAAGGCAAGCGAGAUUGAGUUGCGGGCCGAGGAAAGCUGAUCAUGUCUUCUCCAGAAAUUGCAUCUUUAUCCUGGGGCCACAUGAAGGUCAAAGGUUGCUCCACAUCCUAUAAAGACUGUAAAGUGUGGCCGGGUGGCAGCCGAGCAUGGGACUGGCGUGAAACCGGUACAAAUCAUUAUCCAGGCGUUCAGCCAGCUGACCUGGAAGACGUCCUGAAGAAAGGAGUGCAGACGCUGGUCAUAGGAAGGGGGAUGAAUGAAGCUCUACAGGUGCCUCCGUCCACCCUAGAUUACGUGAAGAAGCAGGGCAUCGAUGUGAGGGUGUUUCAGACCGAGCAGGCUGUUAAAGAAUAUAACGCUCUGGUGGAACAGGGAGCUAAAGUCGGCGGGGUCUUUCACUCCACCUGCUGAUCACAUCAUUAACAGAACCAGCUAAUUCAUUUUAUGGGUUGUUGAAAGUGCCUUGAACAUUGCGAAAUGAACAUUGUUUUCUUAAUAGAUGCUUCAUAAUUUGAGCAUUUGGAUGAUUUUUUUUUCCUAUGGUGAAAAUGUUAUUUGCUUUCUAAUCAUUAAACGACAAUUCUUUGGA